UUUUAUAUAGUGAAUGGUAUAGUGUUUAGUGUGCCAUAGAUAAUGUGCGAACGAUGGAAAACGAAGUGAAACAUAGGAAUCAGAGAAACCGCAGAAGGGAACGGGCGCAGCGCAUGCAAGCGCAACGGGAGACCAAGGUCCGGGAUGGGGACAGCGGAGACGACGAGCCCCUCACGUGGGAGAAGCCCCCGAGGCCCCCCAACAGAAGGAAAAAGUCUAAGGAGCCCAUUCUCGAGGAGGACAUUAUCGACGGAUUUGCGAUAAUGUCAUUUCGCACCUACGAAGAUCUUGAGAACGCCGUAAAAUUGGCGACGCAGCAUGGUACAGAUCGACUGAAUUCUGUGUCCACGCUACAUUCUGCACAAAACGAUAAUCAUAUCAGCACCGAACAAAGGACUCCGCUGGACACGGGGCAAGGCCGGAACUGCUCACACGAAUUUGCUCGUUCACUGGAUGCAGGCACUUCUGAUGACAGCGGAAGAGCUUCGUUGCGUCUGACUGGUUCAUCAGUCGCUCCUCGAGAUCCAGACAGCUCCAGAGAUAGACUUAGUGAUGCAAGUAGCCGGUGUAGUUCCGGAAAAGGAUAUAUCUGUGAUAGUGAAGGUGAAGACGACAAGGUAAGCGAUAUUAAAUUUAUUGAAUUUGCUCGUUCACUGGAUGCAGGCACUUCUGAUGACAGCGGAAGAGCUUCGUUGCGUCUGACUGGUUCAUCAGUCGCUCCUCGAGAUCCAGACAGCUCCAGAGAUAGACUUAGUGAUGCAAGUAGCCGGUGUAGUUCCGGAAAAGGAUAUAUCUGUGAUAGUGAAGGUGAAGACGACAAGGGAUCCGAUGGCGGUGGUUCCAUGUUUGCAUCUGUUCCGACCCCCUCUCCAGUGGCCCCAGCGGCGAUUGUGCCGGCGGCAGCAGCGAUUAGCAACAAGACGCCUUCUGCUCCGGAUCAAUCGCAACCGCCUCCGCAACAACAACAACCGCAGCAGCCGCAGUUUACUAACAAUGUUACGGUGGCCGUCACGCCGGCGCCGACAGUCACCGCACCUUCGCCUGCGCCCGCCGCUUUGCCGCCACCACCUUAUCGAGUACCGUCGAUGCAGCAGAUGACAGAUCUGCGGCCUAGACACCAGUUCCCUACGCAACAGCAGCAACAACAACAACAAAUUAACAUUAAUGGAGCGCUUAGUACGCCGAUGCCGCUACUAAAUCAUAGCGCUGCAGGUAUGUUGCGGCCUGCCUGCCCAAAACCAAACACCAAAUUACCUGUUUGUACACCGUCUGGUGGUCAGGCACCUCAACAGCAACACGUGCAGAUGCAGCAGCAAACGUGCUCCCAACCACUCCAAAGCUCUCCUUCCCUUGCUGCGGUGGUGACGUCGCCUGCUUUACCUAAUGGCAUUAUGCACACACCGGGUCCAAUGUUGCCAAGUGCUUCCAGUCAGUUGCCAGGUUUACCAAUAGCAGCGACACAGCCCGCAUCUCUUCCCGUGACUUUGCAGCAGCCACAGGUUGCGACGCCUGCCGCGCCACCGCCGCCGGCAAGGCCGCCGGGACUUGACGGAUCUGCCCAGCAACCUCGAACUAAUAGCCCCGCCGUCGCCACUAGUGCUGUUCCUGCAGCAGGACCAACAGCCUAUCCAGGAUAUCUGCACCCACCGUUGUAUGCACCAUACGCGGCAUCAUUGCACAGUCCUUACCUUCCGGCGAUACCUUCACCAGGAAAAUCUGCCGCACCAGUCGCUCCUACGACCGUCGCACCUGCACCUAGUCCUAUCCGGGAAAGAGACUGCUUUAGUAACAGGUCUGCGAGUACUACACCACUAUCUUCUAAUUAUGGUCCAGGAUCGAUAUCUGGACCACAAGGGCCUUCCCCUGCGUUGCCUUACAGUAAAGCAGCUUCACCAAUUACUGCACCCGUUGCUGUUACCACUUCUAGUCAUACUUUCAAUAACAAACCUCUCUGGUCCACUGUGAACAGUACGGGUCCUAUGGUACACCACUUAUCGCCAGUUCCGGUGCAGUCUUUAACGCGGCCAACGCCUCCGCCCCAACAGCAGCAGCAGACGCAACCGCAGCUUCAACCACAAAUUGUUCCACCGCUCCUAUCGCAGCAACCGCAAUCGGCUUCACAGCCAAUAGUACCUGCAGCAGCUACGGUUCAGACGCAAGCUGUGGCUCCUCCCGGACCUCUGGCUAUGCCUGCGAUACCGCCGACAAGUGUCUCCACUGCGUCUGCCUACAGUUCACCAAUGUUUAUCGCACCAUUGCCGCCGCCCGCUCCAGUGCCUUCCCAAGUGACGCCCGUACCGCCUGCAGUCUCGGUGGCCGCGCCACCGGUCACCACGCCUGUUUCUACGCCGACGGCGCCUCUGCCAUUUUCAGCGGAAUCACUUUUCCAGUCAAGCAAACGCACAAGGGACGAUCCAUUCCAGAUACCAUUAAAUCAAGCAGAUAUGUUGCGAAGGGAAUUAGACAAUCGCUUUCUGGCUUCUCAAGAUCGUGCUGGAAUUGGUGGCGUUGUUGGAGCACCAUAUUUGCGAACAGAAAUGCAUCAUCAUCAACAUCAGCAUACACAUGUUCAUCAGCACCAACAAGCGCCACCCUCCAUCUUUCCUCCUCCUUUGUUUAAAGACAUUCCGAAGCUAAGUGCAGUCGAGUCGCCGUUCUAUCGUUCCAGUUUAGGAAUGGGUGUUGGAUCUUAUCCCAGUUAUAGUUCUGGAUUACUUCAUCCCGGACUUGGGGUUCCCGCCUUUUGUACCCCCAAGUCAUCUUCCUGCAUUUACAACGAAGGUACAAUAUUCAAUAACCCAUAA